AUGCUACCACCUGUGGAUCCAGCAACAUUGCGGCGGAAUCCUAACUUCGAGCUGCUGUACAAGGAUCUGCGCACUCGAAAAUUGAACCCGGAUGGAUCAACACGGGACACAAAGAAGCAGCGGAUGCACGAUGAGAUACGGCGGAGCCUAACAACCGCGCGGUCUACUCUCCUCAGCACGCAAAUCCUCAUCACCACGCUAGCCACCCUCCCCUCCCGCGCGCCAACCCUACCGGAUGAGCUACAUGCCUGUAUAGAUCUGAUCUCUGCUCUGCUCUCUGGCCAAAUCCCAGAUCCUUCAGACCGCGAAAUUCUCUCCGGAGAUGUGACCAUCUUCCUUGACAACGUCGACAUCAUUGCUUCAGCCAUCUCGACACAGCUAGAAACAAUCACCCAGCAUCUUUGCACCAUUGCCUCCCCUCUAUCACCGCCCGCACCAGCUUCUCUAUCGACGAAUGCAGAAGAGCUGGUCAAGACCGCAACGCUCGACCUGCCGCAAGAGCUUGCCGCCACAAGAACAGAGCUCACCAACAGCCUAACAAGUCUCCUGGCGCUGCACAAAUCCGUCCUCGAGACCUCGAUCCGCAUCCUCGAGCAAAUCCAACACGGCUCUCUGGCGCGGCACACAAAGGCGCGAGCCGAGCUCCUGCAUUCCCGCGCUACGCUGCUCGGACUGCAGGCCAGGUGCUACACGUUUGGGCACCCGCCGCCGGCUGAAUUCGUAGCGGCGUUGAAGGAGUUCAGAAAGAGCCAGGGUACGGGAGAGAGGGCGUUGAGGGAUAGAGAGGCGCUGGCGAGGCAGAGUCUGAAGUUGUAUGACCAGGCGGGGGAGAGGGGGAUUCGGGAGUUGGCGAAGAGGAAGAUGUAUUUGGAUAGCGAGACGGGGCGGAUUGAGAAGGAGAUUGUGUCACUGGAGCGUGGUGGUUGA